GCGCCUGCGCCACGCACGGGCGCCUUUUACGACGCGGGGGACGCGGCGCUUGGCUGUCUGAGCGGGGCGCAGCGAACGAGGCAGUGGUAGCCGCGGUUGUGCCAAAAGGACGUUCGAGGGCGGCGUCGCCAUGUCACACGGUCACAGCCACGGCGGGGGCGGUUGUCGCUGUGCAGCCGAACGAGAGGAGCCGCCAGAACAGCGCGGCCUGGCCUACGGCCUAUACCUGCGCAUCGACCUGGAGCGGCUGCAGUGCCUCAACGAGAGCCGCGAGGGCAGCGGCCGCGGCGUUUUCAAGCCGUGGGAGGAGCGGACCGACCGCUCCAAGUUUGUUGAAAGUGAUGCAGAUGAAGAGCUUCUGUUUAAUAUUCCAUUUACGGGCAAUGUCAAGCUCAAAGGGAUCAUUAUAAUGGGAGAGGAUGAUGACUCACACCCCUCUGAGAUGAGACUGUACAAGAACAUUCCACAGAUGUCGUUUGAUGAUACAGAAAGGGAGCCAGAUCAGACCUUUAGUCUGAACCGGGAUCUUACAGGAGAAUUAGAGUAUGCUACAAAAAUUUCCCGUUUUUCAAAUGUCUAUCAUCUCUCAAUUCAUAUUUCAAAAAACUUUGGAGCAGAUACCACAAAGGUCUUCUAUAUUGGCCUGAGAGGAGAAUGGACUGAGCUUCGGCGACAUGAGGUGACCAUCUGCAACUACGAAGCGUCAGCCAACCCGGCAGACCACCGAGUCCAGCAGGUUACCCCACAGACACACUUCAUUUCCUAAAGUUAGCCCGGGCUCCCACAGAUGUGCUGUGUCAGUGAGGAGGGUGACUGCCUGCUGGGAAGGACGGAAGUGCGGCUCCAGCACAAGUUGGCUGCCACAGCUUCUGCCGAAGCCUUGUCCUUGGGUUUCGAUGCAAAAACCAGGCCUAUGGAAGACACCACACCACUAUUCUGUAGAGCACUACAGAAAUCAGGUUUUGGGUUGGGUGGCACCUGUCAGUCAUGGAUAAUGCUUGCUUUUCCAGCCAGUGUGGCCAUGGAAGCCCAAGUGUCUUGCUUUGUGGCAGGAUUUUUGUGUGACUUGUUUUUAAAUAAUGGAAACUCCUGGGCUGUAGACAACCUUCUGAAGCCUCAGGACUGUGUGUCUGAGCCAUCAGGAGGGUCUCCCAACUAGAAACCCUGUCCCUGCUUAUGCGUCCCUGUCACUGCUCAGCAUUCUUGUCAAGUUGCCCAGCUUGGAGUUGUCUGUCAUGCACAAGUAUUCCAUGGUUAUAGCCAGAAAGGCAGAAGUCUCUUGAUGACGUGUGGUAGCUUGGGGGGAAAGGUCUUUCCUGCUGCCUAGCUAAGCAAUCUGGGGAGAGCAUGGGAAUCAUUUCUGUGUUUGUGGGUAACCUGGUUGGUCUAAGACUGAGACUUAGUUAAGAUUCCAUGGGAACCUCCUUCAUGUUUAUUAGCUUCUAACUUGUGUUGUAAGCUCAGUGCCAGAAUUUGGAGGUCUCUUGAGUUCUUCUGUUCAUGGCUUUUAUUCACUGUGACUAAUAAGCUUCUUAAUAAAUCCUUGCCAAAUUUAA